AUCAAAGGCGAAGCGGAAUACAAAGAAAACAUGAUGAGAACGAAGAUAACUGAGGGAUAUACCCAGGCCGUUCAAUGCAGCAAUUGUUUUGGAUACGGCCACAGCACCAACACCUGCAGUAGCCGUUCAUUCCAAAGGCAGCAGGUAUCAUCAAUCCAGUGGCAGCCAAAAUAUUGCCAGCAUUGCCAGCGCCCGGGACAUACGAUUCAAAAUUGCUGGUUCAACAAUAACAACUUCAACAGCAACUACAACAACUACAAUAAUUACAAUCAGCCAAGAAAUCAAUGGAUGCAACCAAACCGGGUUCCACAAAACCAAACCCCGGUAAACCAGCUUCAAAAUAUGGGUCGUAAUCCUUCAUAUCAACGCCAAGGAACGGGACAACCACCGGCUUUUCAACAUCCGGCAAACCAACCUUUGGCAAAUCCAACAAAUCAAACCCCGGGAAAUCAACCUCCUAAUAACUGGUACCAAGGCACUGCAAACUGGAGAAGACAACAACCUCCAAUAUGCGCUUAUUGCCAAAACAUUGGCCAUACUAUUGAACAAUGCAGGAAAAAAGCAUAUCAAGAAAAAAUCAAAAAUCAACCACAACAACAAACUACAACUCAAGAACCACAGGCUACAUCGAAGUAAAAGCGCUGGAUACAGAGUCCAUAUUCCACGUCGUGGAGGACCUUCCAAUAGCACACGAUGGAAUACUAGGAACAGAAUUCUUCAAGAAUAGCGGAGCGAACAUUGACUAUGCCAAAU